AAAGUCUUUGCUAAAGUUAGGGAGUCAUAUAUACAACUGGGAGUGAGGUCUGUGCAGGAGCUGGACCAUGGCAGAAGCUUUGUACCUGGAGAACAGUGACCUGGACUGUGGCACCAAUAAUCGCAAUCACCACACUGGAGAUAUUGGUUGUCAGAAUCUGGUUGUCCGCAGGGGCCAGGCCUUUGAAAUCAAGCUGCAAUUUUCUCCCCGGGGAUAUGAAGAAGGAGUGGACCAGCUGAGUCUCAUUGUUCAGACAGGGCCCCAACCAUCCGAGGAAUCUGGCACAGAAGCUCACUUCAAGGUUUCCGAUGCGCUGGAGGAUGGAGUAUGGAGUGCUGCAGUGGUCAGCAGUGAAGGAGACUCCCUUGUUCUUUCCAUCCGCUCCCCGCCUGAUGCCCGCAUUGGGCACUACAGCCUCACUUUGGAGACCUCUAACGGAACUGAGGAGAAUUCCUGCAGUGUUGGGGAAUUAUAUCUAAUUUUUAACCCAUGGUGCCCAGAGGACUCCGUAUAUCUAGAGCAUGAAGAGGAACGCAUGGAAUAUAUUCAGUGUCAGUAUGGGAUCGUCUUCCAAGGCACCAAAGACUCUAUUGACCCUGUUCCUUGGAACUUCGGACAGUUUGAAGAUGGAAUCCUGGAAAUCUGUUUCACAUUGUUAGACUCCAACCCCAGGUACCAGAAAGACCCCAUCAAGGACUGUUCCCGGAGGAAUAAUCCAGUUUACAUCAGUCGUGUCGUCAGUGCAAUGGUGAAUUGUAAUGAUGACGGCGGAGUCCUGUAUGGUCGCUGGGACAACAUUUACAAUGAUGGUAUCAAUCCCAACUCAUGGAUUGGCAGUGUGGAUGUCAUGCGGCGCUGGAAGAAGUACGGAUGCCAGCCAGUGCGAUAUGGGCAGUGCUGGGUCUUUGCUGCAGUGGCCUGUUCAGUCCUUAGGUGCCUGGGCAUCCCAUGUCGCGUUAUCACCAACUAUUACUCUGCCCAUGAUACAAACAGCAAUUUGUUGAUUGAACAGUAUCUAGACUACCAAGGGAAUAAACAGAAGGACCAAAAAGACAUGAUCUGGAACUACCACUGUUGGGUUGAAGCUUGGAUGACCCGUCCAGAUCUUGGAGAAGCAUACAACGGAUGGCAGGUGGUAGAUCCAACUCCACAAGAAAAGAGCGCAGACAUUUAUUGCUGCGGUCCUGCUCCUGUCUUUGCUGUUAAAGAGGGUGACCUUGGGCUUAAGUUCGAUGUCCCAUUUGUGUUUGCUGAAGUAAACGCAGACGUUAUUUAUUACGUAACACAAAAGGAUGGCACCGUCAGACAAACACUGAACACGGCGCAAGUGGGACAGAAGAUCAGCACAAAGGCGGUGGGGAAAGAUACCCGGGAGGACAUCACACACACCUACAAGUACCCCGAGGGCUCUGACGAUGAAAGGCGGGUGUAUGAAAAAGCCAAUCAGGCGGUCGCUGUCCCAAAAGGAGAACCAUCUGCUGUUCCAUCUGAUGUCACUAUAAAGCUUAAAGUAUCUGAGGGCAUGAACAUGGGCAACGAUUUUGAUGUGUUUGCCAUUAUCAACAAUAAUACUGAUGAGGAGAAGGAAUGCCUAUUCAGGUUCUGUGCGCGUCCAGUCAACUACACCGGUGCCGUGGGGCCGGAGUGUGGAAUGAUGGACCUUCCCGACCUCAAGUUAGAGGCACAUUCAGAACAGGCCAUACCUCUGCAGAUCCUCUAUGAGAAAUACGGCAGCAGUAUGAAAGACGGCAAUCUCAUCAAACUGAUGGCUCUUCUUCAGGAUCUUUCCAAUAACGAUACGAUCCUUGCCAUGAGGGACAUUCAUGUCAAGAACCCAGACAUCAAAGUGCGGGUGAUGGGGGAGCCUAAACAACAAAGGAAGCUGGUGGCGGAGAUUUCCCUGAAGAACCCUUUGUCAGAACCUCUGACGGACUGCUGCUUUACUGUGGAGGGAGCCGGCCUUAUAGAUGGCCUUGUGCAAAAGGAGCUAGACGGUCCCGUAGAGCCUGGGCAGGACGCCAAAGUACGAAUGGACCUCAUGCCUCAGUUAUCUGGACUGCGAAAGCUGGUGGUGAAUUUCGAGAGUGAUCGUCUAAAAGGGGUGAAGGGAUUUAAGAACAUCAUCAUUGCCCCUCCCCCAAAGUGAUAGUCACCUCGAAUGAAGGAGGUUCUGUCACCAGCCUACGUGUCCUAUAGCUAUCCUAUAAUGUGAGAAUUAUUCAGUGUCUGUGCGGCCUUCUCUACAUAUAUAUAUAUAUUCUUGUUACUUUGUGCUGAGAUUAUAGUGACGGAACAGACUGCAAAACAGCAUUGUGGUAGUGCGGCAUCUCUAUUUCCUUAUUGGCUAUGAGCAAAAGAGCUGGAUGGGGACGCACAAUCACUGCUUGGUAGUUUGGCGUGUGGCAUGUUGAAAGAAAAAAAAUUUGGUCAAAUUUUGUUGAACGUCAUCAACACAUAUACACAGUUACCUGAUGUUAUAUAUUUUUUACAUAUUUAUAUCAAACCUUAAUUUUAAAAUAAAUAUUUAGUACAGGA